GCUUUGUCAGCCGAAAUGCUCGACAAGAAUGUGGAGACGCUGAAGAACAUGAACAACCAGGCGGCCAAGUACGCCAAGUGGUACGUGAAGGUCCUCGACCCGAAGGUCCUUGAUUACACGUUCACAGCGAGAAGCGAAAAAGUAGCGGCGCAGAAGUUCAAUUGCGUUUUGGUUUCCGACGCGCCCGCGCAGUACAUGCUCGGCGGGGUGCCCUUCAGUUUCCAUUAUCGGAACGCGGCAGUCGAAGACUUUGAAAAAAUCGCGGCAGACUCCGCGUGGGAGCUCCGUGCCCUGAGCUUCGACGCCAGAGCCAAGGUGCUCCAGAUCGCAUUGGACAGCAAGGGCGUCGUUGAGAUUCUCAUGGAGGUUGCCGCUGGUGCAUCCCGCCGGGCGGCGUUCGACUUGCGCGGCAAGUUCCUUGGCAUCAGCACUUCCAAGCAGGUCGCUAAAAACGGCAACCUCCUAAAGGUGGCCGAAGCGGAGUUCGCGGGUGCCGGCGGCGGGGAGAUCGUGGCGGCCGCGUGGCACAAGGCGCGCGAGUACUUCGUCUGCGCGCGCGCGGGGUCUGGCGUCGCUGUGCCCGGGCGCAGUGCCGCCCUUGAGAACGGCGAGGUGAAGAUCAACAUCUGGCCGGGGGCCCGCGUCGGCACCGUUGGAGACCGGGGUGCUCGCCGCCCCGUGGGCGCCGUCAAGCGCCGGCGCGACGUUCGGGGCAUUCUCCGCCAGAAGAACUGGGUGGUCAAGCAGUGCAUCGUGGAGGUGGGCGUCGCGCCUCCGGGCGCAGUGGUUUCCGCGAGUGCCAUGCGUAUGUGCUGCGGCCUCUCCGCGGUGUCCGGCGAUGUCGCUCUGCCGGUGCCAGUGAGUCGCGUCGUCGAGG